AUGUCCAACAUGGAAAAACACCUGUUCAACCUGAAGUUUGCGGCCAAAUUGCUGAGCAGGAGUGCCAAGAAAUGCGACAAAGAGGAAAAGGCCGAAAAGGCCAAGAUUAAAAAGGCCAUUCAGAAAGGCAACAUGGAAGUGGCAAGGAUACACGCGGAAAACGCCAUCCGCCAGAAGAACCAGGCGGUGAAUUUCCUGAGGACGAGUGCGCGGGUGGACGCGGUGGCCGCCCGAGUCCAGACGGCGGUGACGAUGGGCAAGGUGACCAAGUCCAUGGCCGGCGUGGUCAAGUCGAUGGACGCGACGUUGAAGACCAUGAACCUGGAGAAGAUCUCCGCCCUGAUGGACAAAUUCGAGCACCAGUUUGAGACGCUGGACGUGCAGACGCAGCAGAUGGAAGACACGAUGAGCAGCACGACGACGCUGACCACUCCCCAGGGCCAAGUGGAUAUGCUGCUCCAGGAAAUGGCAGACGAGGCCGGCCUCGACCUCAACAUGGAGCUGCCGCAGGGGCAGACCGGCUCGGUGGGCACGAGCGUGGCCUCGGCCGAGCAGGAUGAGCUGUCGCAGAGACUGGCCCGCCUGCGGGAUCAAGUGUGAUGACGGAACCCACCCUGCGGCUUCCCGGCCGCAGCCACCUUCAGGUAUACAGAGAGCCACCUUUGCCCUCUGUAUAUUACGGAGAUACGAUACACUAGAGAUUGAACAUACCUGAAUGCUGAAAUGCUCUCUAUUUAAGAUGCUUCUAUCUUUGGGUUUACGGCGCUCACCAGAUACAUUAAAAAAUGCCCAGCUUUCUCCAUUCUUAACUGAAUUUUAUAGUUCUGUAUAGCUUGUGAUGGUGUGUAUUUUUAUAGCUGCCUUUGACAGAACUAGUUAAUUUGGUGUAUAUGAAUCUUUCUCAAAAAUUUCCUUUAAACUCUAGUUCCCGUGUACGCGAUUUUCUGCGGAGAAUUAAUCAAAUCGAAGGAUUUUUUUUUUAAUUUAGUGUAACUGCUAAUACCUGUAAUUGGCAGGUAAUGCAUAAAAAUUAAAGAGGGGAGAAUAAUUACUUAGUUUGAUUACAGGGCUAUAAACACCUCGUUCAACAUAUUUAAUGGACAGUGCUAUGUCUGUGUAUUCUGUUGCCUUUUUUUUUACUUCCUUUUUGCCAUCAAAGUGAGACUACAAUUGACUAUUUGUUCUCCUAACUUGUUUUGCAUAAUACUCCUAUUGUUUACCUUCUAUAAGUUUUUCAUGUAAUAAUUGCCUUUGCAAAACUGGAUAAAAUGCCAACUUCGUUUAUGGGAAAAAUUGUUCUCUCAUUUUUGUUUGCUGUUUAAAUAGAGUUUUUAAAAAGACUUAACCAGGCUCUCUAACACGUUUCUAGUUAUUUUCCUAUUUCUACCUUGUGUUUUACUUAGGCUUCUUAUAAAGCAUGUUAAGUAGCAUGGCAGUCAUAAUAAUCACUCUAACAUUGCCAAAGAACUCUUGAUUGGUUUGGGAAAACCCUGGGUCUAUGUGUUUGUAGGUUUUGUAUUAUUUUUGACAACCAAAAGUAGAAAUAAAAUUAGAACUGUAUUUUAAGUUCUAAUUACUUGCAUUAUUUAUUGGUCUUAAGCGACAACUCUUAGAGAACCUUGGGAAUAUAAGUUGAAAUAUUUGACUUAACCUGUGCCAAUAACUUAAAUAUACAGCCAGCCAGUUGGAAGUCUGGGAAGAGGGAAAGAGGUGAGAUUGGAGAGCAAGUUUAACUAAAAGGCUAGAG